UCGACUGGUGAAGAUGGCAACUCCAAUCAAAUGUUUGGCGGUGAGUCCGAGGAUUGUGAGGGGUUUAUCUCCGAACGUGAAAAGAUCGUUAGUAGGAAGAUUGGAUUAUUCGCCGAAGCCGAAACGGGAGAAUAUUCAAUGCCGGAUCACGAUAAACGGUCGAAACUACGCAGAUGAACAGGAUUCGAGCAGCAACAAAAGGUUGCUGGUAAUCAACACGCCGAAGAAGUUGAGUAUCUUGAGGGACGGUUUGAGUGAUUGCAAGAAGCUGAAGGUGCUGGGUCGAGGGAGUUUCGGCACCGUUGUCAAAGGGAUUCACAAAGAUAAAAUUGUUGCGGUGAAAGUGAUUAAAACUAAGGAGAAAUUGAAGGAGUUGAACGCGCUCGGAUUGAAGCACAAAAAUGUAAUCAGCAUUUUCGAUGUUAUCACUGAAAGCGAUUCAAAUUCCAUCGUCAUCAUGGAAUAUUUAGAUAACUGUCGACAACUUCAGGCAGUUUUGGAUGAUGAACGAGCAAUUAUUGAUGUUUGUAGAAUCGCUUUGGAUGUUGCGAGCGGAUUGAAAUUCUGUCAUGAUUCCGAUCUGAUGCAUUUGGAUUUGAAGCCGAAGAACGUUUUGCUCACCGCGACCGGAAGCUGUAAAAUAUGCGAUUUUGGAAAUUCUUGCGAUCGCAAUGAUAAGGAUAAUUAUACGCAUGAAGGAACAGUGAUAUACACGGCACCGGAGAUUUUGGCCGGCGGAAAACCGGAUUUUCCAGCCGACGUCUACUCGCUGGGCGUUCUCUUUUGGCAGCUGAAGCAUCGCGAGAUUCCCUUCAAGGAUUUCCACAACAAAUUCGUUGUCAUUUACAAAGUCGUGAAAUAUCGGCUUCGACCGUCGGAAAAUCCGGACGCGCAUCCAAGCGAUUACGACAAUCUGUACAGAAGCUGCUGGAAAUCUGAGCCCUCGCAACGACCCAGCACGAAAGAAAUAAUAGAAACCUUGGAAACGAUAAUCCCUAGCAACAGUUGUUAAUUAAUUUUAGUUUAUAACUUUAAUUUUUACAA